UGCGCGCGCGUCCCUGCCAGCCCCGCCCGGUCGCUCCGGCCGCGCCGCGCGGAGCCGGCCCCGGCCCCGGCCCCGGCCCCGGGACCCCCGGCCCGGCCCGGCCCGCUCCGCUCCCGGCACUUCCCCCGGCGCCUCCCCCCGCCCGGCCCGGCUCCGGGAGAGUCUCCGGGCGCGUCCGGCCCGGCCCGGCAUCCCCAUCCCCAGCAACCCCCACCCCGGUCCGUCCCCGGGAUCCGCGCCCCCCCCGUCCUCGGGCCCCCCCGUCCUCGGGGUUAUCCCCGGUCCGGAACCCCCUGGUGUCUCGGCAUCGUACCGCCGACCCCCUGGUACGGCCGGGCCCCGGUACCCCCCCGACCCCUGGCGUCCCGCCCCAGCCCCCGGGUCUGUCGCUUGCCCCUGAGAUCCUCCGGUUCUCCUCGGUUCCCCCGGUCCUCGCCCCACCCCGGGGCCGGUGCCCAUGGAGUCGCAGUGCGAUUACUUCAUGUACUUCCCGGCGGUGCCGUUCGCGGCGCGGGAGCUGCUGUCGGGGGAACCGGGCCGGUACCGGGCGCUGCCCCGCCGCAACCACCUCUACCUGGGCGAGACCGUGCGGUUCCUUCUGGUGCUCCGUUGCCGCCCCGGCACCAGCACCGGCACCGGGCCGGGCCGGCCGCCCUGGGCCGAGCUGGCCGCCUCGCUGGCCGCCCUGGCCAGCGUCAGCCCCGGUGGCACCGAGGCCGGCGGGGACCGGGAUGGGGACCCGGACGGCACCGGGGACGGCACCGGGAGCGGAGCCUCGCCGGAGCCCACCGUCUUCCGGGAGUGCCGGGCCCUGCUGACACACAGCCAGGGCCCCCCGGGGCGCCCCGCCGCCGGGAUCCCAGUGGAGGACCCUAUCGUGUCCACGGACGAGGUCAUCUUCCCCCUGACCAUCUCCCUCGACAAACUGCCGCCUGGCACCGUCAAGGCCAAGAUCGUGGUGACAGUGUGGAAAAGGGACACGGAGCCACCCGAGCUGCAGGAGGGCGGCGGGUACCUAAGCCUGCUGCAGACACGGGCGCCUGCACACAUCUUCCGCCAGGAGCAGGGGGCCUUCAAGGCACAGGUGAGCACCCUGCUGACGGUGCUGCCCCCGCCCGUGGUGCGAUGCCGCCAGCUCACCGUGUCUGGGAAGUACCUCACCGUGCUCAAAGUGCUCAACGGCUGGUCCCAGGAGGAGAUCUCGCUGUGGGACGUGCAGAUCCUGCCCAACUUCAAUGCCAGUUACUUGCCCGUCAUGCCCGAUGGCUCCGUGCUGCUGGUCGAUGACGUCUGCCACCACUCAGGCGAGGUGCCCGUGGGCGCGUUCUGCCGCGUGGCUGGUGCCGGCUCGGCCUGUCCCUGCGCCCUCAGCGCCCUCGAGGAGCACAACUUCCUCUUCCAGCUCCAGGCACCCGAGAGGCCCCCGGAGGACGCCAAGGAGGGCUUGGAGGUCCCGCUGGUGGCCGUGAUCCAGUGGUCAACACCAAAACUGCCCUUCACGAGCAGCAUCUACACGCAUUACAGGCUGCCGAGCAUCCGCCUGGAGCGGCCGCGCUUCGUGAUGACGGCUGCCUGCGAGUCCCCCGUGCGGGCCCGGCAGCGCUUCACCGUCACCUACACGCUGCUCAACGACCUCCAGGACUUCCUGGCCGUGCGCCUCGUCUGGACGCCUGAGACCGCCACGGCCGGGAAGAAGCUGUCCGGGGAGGAGCGCCGGGCCACGCAGGCGGCGCUGGAUGCCAUCGUGUGCCACACGCCGCUCAACAACCUGGGCUACUCGCGCAAGGGCAGCGCCCUCACCAUCCGCGUGGCCUUCCAGGCGCUGCGGGCUGGCCUCUUCGAGCUGUCCCAGCACAUGAAGCUGAAGCUGCAGUUCACGGCCAGCGUGGCCAACCCGCCGCCCGAGGCCCGGCCCGUGUCGCGCAAGAGCAGCCCCAGCAGCCCGGCCGUGCGGGACCUGGUGGAGCGGCACCAGGCCGGGCUGGGCCGGUCCCAGUCUUUCUCCCACCAGCAGCCGUCCCGCAGCCACCUCAUGAGAUCAGGCAGUGUGAUGGAGCGGCGUGCCAUCACCCCACCGGUGGGGUCUCCUGUGGGCCGUCCCCUCUACCUGCCCCCUGAGAAGACGGUGCUGUCCCUGGACAAGAUUGCCAAGCGGGAGUGCAAGGUGCUGGUCGUGGAGCCCGUCAAGUGACGGGGACCUCGGGGACAAGGGGGAUGGAUGAAUCAUGCUGCAUCCUGGAGAUUGUGCUGGAAGGGGGCAAGCU